AACUCCAAAUAAACCAAUAAGGAAAUCAGCCAGCAAAAAACACUUCUUCCCCAGUCCACCCCCCCCCCCCCCUCCUCCAUCGAGCGCGCGCGCGCGCAGGAGGCAAACGAAGCGAGCUCGCUUUGCUUCUCCCCGCGGCAACGGCCCCCAAGCCCCAGGCGGCGCGCGCGCAGCGACGAGUCCAGGACGCGGCGAGGGUGAGGGCGGAAGGAGGGGGAGGAGAGGAGCGCGCGGCGGGACUUGGGAUCCCCGACCCCCCCUCUCGGGCCCGAAGCCGGAUCUGCCUCGGGACUCGCGCCCUCAGCGGGAGAUCGUGGGGCGCGGGGCCGGCGCGCCUGGUGGAGUCGGUUUCCGUCUGCCUGGGGGCGCUGGUGAGCGACGGCGGCGGCGGAAUGCGGGCGGGUGGCAUGGCGUCCUUAGCUGUUUUUUUUUCCUGUUUUUUUUUCUUUCGCGUGUGUGAAUUAUAGGUGUUCCUUUUGUUGUGAUUUUGUGUGGGUCGCCUGGGAAGGGAAAUGCAGUGCACGGGAUUUGGGUUUUCGCUGAAUUAGCGGCAUUUCGGAUGAUUUUUGGGGGGUUGGUUUUCGUAUACCGAGUUACUGAUAGCUUCUGGGUCAAAUUUGGUGCUCUCAGAUUUCGAACACUUUUUUUCUAGCGCAGGAUUUGCCGGAGUUUGCGGGUCUGGGAGCACGUUGCUGUUUGCUGCUGUUCUUUAGAGGGAAACUAGUAGAAUUGGGCUCGAGCUGUUUAGCUCAGGUCCCUAGAUUCGGUUUUGGACUGGUUGCUUAAUUAAUUUGAAUCUAUCUCCCGGACUGGUUGCUUACUUUGAAUCUGUCUCCCGUGCGCUUUGUUCUGCUCCCUGUUGUUGCUUCGGUUCUGCUCUUCCUGUGCUACUUCUCUUGGGGAGCUGUACUUUGUGCUGUGGCUGAUGCAGUUUUAUAUUUGCGUUCCUGGAGAGGUGUUGCAAAGUCGAAUUCGGACUCAACUUUUGCUGUUUAAAUUUUAAUUUGACUUGAUGGUACUGACGCACCACGCACCCCUGCAAUGUGAUUUAAUCCGACUAUCUUGGUGAUGUAGCUCUAACAUGGCCACACGGGAUAGCAGAUGGCGGAUGCCAUGAAAUGCCGAGUUGAAAGAGUAAAAUUUGGGAACUUUGUGUGCUUGAUAGUUCAAUUGAAUGCUGUUUUGGUGAAGAGGUCCAAUCGGUUGAUUGAUUCUUGCGUACUCUUUUGAAGACUUACUAUUUGGGUUGUGUUUGUUUGAUUCAUUAUUCCAUUCGUUGUAACGAGAGGUGCUGCUGGUUGUAAAACAACGAGGUUGGAUGCCAGGAGCUCCUCAUUGGGUUACCUAGGUUUCCUAGUUGGGUGGAUUGUUUCAUUCGGAUGUGAUGGAUUCGGCAAUUUGAGUACAUUGAGAGGGAGAAACAAGGAUAGCUUCAACUUUUUUGUGGGCUUUCUGGGGCCUUCUUUGUCAGUUUAUUCUGUAUGAUUACUUUCUAUGAAUGUAUUGGCAUGUUUACUUCAUGAGUGGAAUUGUAUGAGUUGUUUCUGAUGGUGGUGGGAUGGGUUCGUGUAUAGAGUAUUCAUGAUGAAAAUGUUUCUCUAUUUCCCAUUUCUUUGCAGUUUCGAGGAUCUUACAUUGUUGUCUCUAUAUACCUCUCAGGGUCUCACAGUUAUCAUAAGUUUUUCCUUGUGCUUUGGUGCAUUUUGGGUUUUCUAUGGUUGUUUAAUAUCAGUCCAAUGUUUUGCAGGUCAUGGUAUAUCCUCCACUUGAUCUGGAUGGAAUUUGACUGCAUUCUACUCUCUCAGAACGAAGGAUAUCAUAUUAGCAGUUAGAGAAGCCUUAGGAGGCCAGGAAAAAUGCCCCCGUCACCCUCGCUGAGGAGAUCGAGUUCGCCGGAGACUUAUCACAAGAGGGCCAACAGUUUUGGGAGUGUGCUGCCUGCAAAACAAAAAGAUGAUGAACUCCCUUUGUUCUCUGAUAUGCAGAAAGUUGAGAGGGAGAACUUCUUACUGGAACCAUCGGAGGACUUUGACGACUCAAUCGCAAAAUUGAGCUACUUCCCGGAAGUAAAGCUUGGUGUUAGCAUUCCUGCACGUGGAGAAAGUCACGAUUUGCUUAAUGUGGAUAGUGAUAGAAAUGAUUGUGAGUGGUUGUUAACUCCUCCAGAAACUCCACUUUUUCGAUCAUUAGAUGAUGACGACCAAUCCGUCACUCAGGUUUCUAGGGGCAGAGCUCAGACCAAGCCCAUACAGAUUUCGAGAUCAUCCACAAUGGAUACUCAAAGAGCUAGAAGCAGUGCAAGCCCAAGUAGGCUUAGCCCAUCGCCACACUCUAUGGCAAGGACAAGAUCAUCUAGUUCAGCCUCUCGCUCUAGCCCACCACCUUCUCUUCAACCACCGACGCUGUCACGAAGAUCUUCAACCCCACCGGUUGCUAAGACAUUAACACCUCCUCGAAGGUCUCCAAGUCCUGCCUCAAGAAGGAUGAGUACUGGUUCAAGUGUCCCAACUUUGAAUGGAACAAGAGGAGCUUCACCAGUGAAACCUAAUCACAGAUCUUCUUCACCAAAACUGCAGGGAUGGCAAUCAAAUGUCCCUGGUUUCCCUUUUGAUGCACCCUCAAACCUUCGCACAUCUCUACCUGAUCGUCCAGUUUCCCGUUCAAGGGGUGGAUCUCCUUCAUCUUUUAGUGGACUAGACAAGGGUUCAAGAGGUAGAAGACAAUCAAUGUCUCCCACUCCAUCUAGAAGAGCCAGUUCAUCUCACAGUAUUGAACGGGACCGAAUGAGCUCUUACAGCAAAGCUUCCGCAACGUCAUCUGGUGAGGAUGAUCUGGACUCUAUGCAGUCUGUACCACAUAGCUACUCUAGUAGCCCAGCUGUGAAAAAGAACUUGGCUGUGAUGAAGACCAGAACUAUUGCAUCAUCAAAGAAUCUGUCCAAAAAUUUCACUCCUAGCUCUGUCCCAAAGCGGUCAUUUGACUCUGCAGUCUGGUUGAUGGACCACCGCAAAGCUCCACAAGAUAGGUUCCGACCACUUCUAUCAGGUGUCCCUGCCAGCACAUUUGGCCCUGGCAAUGGAAAUAAUGUGCACAAGCCUAUGUUCUCACACAAUUCCUCUUUUACAACUAACAGCAAUGCAAGCUCUGACCAUGCUGCCAUUUUUGGCUCUUAUAAGCAUGGCAACCAAGAGCAACAUGAUUUGGUUGGUGAGUGGGAAGCAGGUGACAGCUCUCAAGGUCAUGAGGACAUAUUUAUGUUUGAUAAAUUGGAUGAACUAAAUGAAGAAAACAUUCAUUACAAGAGCACGAAAUCUACGGAGAACUCCCCAGUCAUAGUAAAACAUCAAGUAAGUGACAGACAGGACUUCAACAUGGAAGAAAGCGGAACAUGUGAUCAGUCCUUAUGCCAUUCUAUUAAUAGUUCUCUAGUUGGCUAUGGUAAAACUGCAACUUGCAUGAGAUGUGAGAAAUUUUUUGAUGUGAUGGAUGUGGAUGGAGAGGGUAACUAUUGUGAAAUAUGUGCUUCAAAGGUUGGGAAUAUUUUCUCUGACUCUAUCGCACAAACUAUAGAAGAAGCAGACCUGGAUGAUAAAGCUGCAAAUUCGAGACCUUGCAUUGUGUCUGACCCUCCUGUAGCCCCAUACUGUAUAGACCAUAGGAAAGAAGUCUCUCUUGAUCAUCAACUAGUGAACAAUGAACCUCACAAUGGCUGCUUUGACCAGGCACUUCCAUUUCACUCAAUAGACACACCUCAGGAAAUGAUUCUGAGGCAGGAGGGAACGAUUGAUGCAGAACAUACAAAGCAACAUGUUGGAGACUCCGCACUAGGAAAUAGCAUCGAUAUUUCAUUUCGUCAAUCUAGUGCGACUGACUGUCAGCAAACAGAACCAACAUUUGUGGAACAUGACGUAUUCAGAGACCAAAUAGAAAACCACAAUCAUGGAUUAUCCCAAUGUAGUGAAACUAUCUCUGAAACCGUGACAAGUAAUAACUCUCAUCAACUGGCAUCAACAAGCCCUAAGCUUGAAAAUACUGAGGCCACUGGGAUAUCAGUACUGUUACUCCAGAAGUCAAAUAGCAAUAAAUGGCCUGUUGUAGAAGGGAGGACCCUGGGUUCUGCAAAUAUGCUUUGUUCGGAACCAUAUUACGCAAGAGAUGGUGUCAAUAUAAUGAAGCGUAGCUUUGGACGGGACAGUUCUUCAGCUGCUUCAUCUAGUGAUCUUGGGUCUUCAAGGCAAUCAGUCAUAUACUUUGAGCACCUUAGGAGUGGUAAGAGGGGUGACUUUGAGAAGUCCCAGAUAAGCAGUACUAUGAGUCGUCAAAGCAUUGCUUCUGUGUCAGAUAUGUCAAUUAGUAGUUCUUCAGCUUCACUUUGCCCUCAGAGUGAUGCAGUAGGAGAUACUUAUUUGCCAAUAGACACAUUGGAAAGUUGCGCUUCAAGAAAAGUGAUCCCUAUCGAAGAAUAUGAUAAUUCUGGUAAGGAUGCUUUGUCAAGUGCUAUGGAUUGUUGGUGUGCUGCACAGGCUAUUGUCAAUGAUGACAGUCUUGUUGACUUGAACACCUCGAGCUUUGUAGACGUGGUAGAAGGAGAUGCAACAAUUGAGAACCAUUGUACAGGCAGGAUGGCUGACAGUGAUCAUUUCAGUUCGAAUAUGUGUUUGUCAGAUACUGAAAUGCCAAGUGACACCCAAGAGUCAUCAGCUCUAGAGGAAAGUUGCAUACCAGAAACUGAAGAGGAUACUUCUGCUAUCAGUCAGUGCAAUACAAAUUGUGCUCCAGAACAUCCAAGUGAUGAGAACAACUUUUGUAAUAUGCAAAUGCAGUCCGAAGCAGUUCAGGGUUCAAAUGAGAAAAACAGAUUGGAUGAUUGUUGCAUGUCUGCCAUCUCCGAGGAGGAUGUGUUGGUUUCUGAACAAAAAACUAACAUAAUGAAACUUCAUAACGAUGAAGAAUCUUGUGAGGCAGUAGAAGGAUCAAGGAAACAAAUCCAGAGGUGCUUCACAUUAGAAGAAGCCGCUGAUACAAUUCUCUUCUGUAGUUCUAUUGUCCAUGACCUUGCGUACAAGGCAGCAACAAUUGCCUUGGAAAACGAGAAGGAAUCAGAAUGUGUCGAUUCUAUUCGCCCAACUGUUACCAUCGUUGGAAGAUCUGGUCAAAGGGAGGAUAGCUUACCAAAGCUGGCUCACAGACGAACUCCAAAUCGGAAGGUUAAAAGAAAAAGAUUGGAAGGAGAAACAACUACAAUGGAAACUGUGGAGAAAGAUGCUGUUGCUAAGGACUCCUCACCUGUACGUUCUGCUUCUGGCAUCACAAGGAAUUCUGAUAACAUGAAGCCUCCGAAGCUGGAGUCCAAGUGCAACUGUAUAAUUAUGUAAGUAACUCCAUCGUCCAAGAUCGAAGGAGCUUUUUGGGAUACUGGUUGGAUGGAAUGGCAGGUUUCAUAUCACAAGUUGGACGCAGAGCUGAAGCAAGGCUUCACCUGUUACAUCAGCAAAGAAGGCAUUCCCUGCAGGUCUUCAGCUAGAUUAUUUUCGUAUGUUGCAUUUGCUGUGUUUUAGGUGACAGAAUGCACUGCGAGCUAUUCUUUUGUAAAUUCUUGGUUCUUCCUUUCCCCCCUUCUGUUUGUCAUUGCGGUUUGCCUAAAGUGUAAGAAACUACUAGAGGAGAUGGUGUUGAUAGCCUAUUUUCUUGCAAUGCA